AUGUCGGGUCCCAUCAAGAAUGACAAGAAGCGUAGCUUCACUAUUGAGGAGAAACUCAAAGCAGUGGCGGUAUACAAAGAGACGAAGUUGCUGGAAACGCAUCCGAAGGCCAAACGUCUUUCAGGUGCUGGACGACGGUCGUCGUAUGCUGCAAUAGAUAGUGAAAGUAGUCGAGCGAUUGAUAGCAUGAAUGAGAAUCAACAAGUAGAUCAGAAGAAGAGACGUAGGAUCGAACACGAAACGUUCAAUUACUUGCUCAUUGGGUUUCAAGGAAAGGAAGGGGCUUUCUCCGAAGUAGCAGCAAAGAUGGCGUUUGAAGAACUGCGAGCUGCUAAUGCGCUGGCACACGAUGAUUUCAUGACAGUGGGGUUUUCACAUACCAAUCAUGUGGUGGAGGCAAUCGAGAGAGGGACAAUGACGUUUGGUGUGCUACCAGUGGAGAAUUCCAUCUCGGGCACUUUCCACGGUAUUCUAGACCGCCUCGUGGCCUCACACCUCAAAAUUGUUGGUGAGGUAGCCUGUGUCCAGGAACUCUGUCUGUGUGUAUUGCCAGGAGUAACUUGGAGCGAGAUUGAGCAGCUAUCGUCGCACCCGGCGGUGUUGGAUCACUGCGAGAACUUCAUCUGCGCCAUGGAGCGCAAAAGCGGCAAGAUCAUUAAACGCAACGCUGCGUGGGAUAGUGCUGGUGCUUGUCACGACGUCAAACAGACGGAGAAUUGCCAUAUAGCUGCCAUUGCUAGUGAACAGGCUGCUCAUGCACACGGGCUUGCUGUGCUGGAACGAGGUGUGGGAGAUGAGCUCAAUAGCGAAACACGCUACAUGAUUCUUGGACGAAUGGAUGCGUCACCACUGCCAUUAGGCGCAGGAUCAAGUCCACCAACAACAACCAAAUCCAGCAUUGUCGUGGCUGUGCCUAACGAACCCCAAGCGCUUUUCAAGAUCGUCUCGGCUUUCGCGCUCCGCAACGUUAUGAUCGUCAAAAUUGAGAGCCGCCCAGCCGCUACUGCCGGAAACCUCUUCACAGCGCAGACCACGCACUGGGACUACAUUUUCUACAUCGAUUACAUCACGAGCCAAGACUCAAUCCAGGAGGCAAGACUACGCGAGAAUCUAGAAGAGUUCGCGCUGUGGGUCAAAGACUUGGGCACGUACUCGAGCAGCUGUGGCAAAACUAGCGUCGAACCUCCACGCUGGAAAAGCAUACUGAAUGCAAUUGCGUGCUAA